AUGAACAUGAAUAAUCAAGUUUACAGUGCACGGCCAUGGCUUGGUUUUCCCACAUCCAAAUCUUUGGGGAGUUUUGGGGAUGCCAAUUGCAUGGAACAAUUGUUAGUCCACUGCGCCAACGCCAUUGAAACCAACGAUGCAACUCUUGCACAACAAAUUUUGUGGGUUCUAAACAAUAUUGCCCCACCAGAUGGUGACUCGAACCAGCGCCUAACGUGUGGGUUCCUUCGAGCCAUCAUCGCCCGUGCUGCGAAUAGUGGAACCUGUAAAUUGCUCACUGCCAUGGCAAAUGUGCACACCAAUCUAGCCAUGAAUAACCACAAAUUCUCUAUUAUUGAACUUGCUAGUUUUGUGGAUUUAACCCCGUGGCACCGGUUCGGAUUCACUGCGGCAAAUGCAGCCAUAUUAGAAGCUGUUGAAGGGUAUUCAGUGGUUCAUAUAGUUGACUUAAGUUCGACACACUGCAUGCAAAUUCCAACCCUGAUAGACGCCAUAGCCACCCGUUUUGAGGUGGCGCCGCUGGUCAAACUCACGGUGGCUGGACCCACAGAAGAUUUCCCUCCUAUGCUAGAUCUUUCCUACGAGGAAUUAGGUACAAAAUUAGUUAACUUCUCUAGGUGUCGUAAUGUAGUGAUGGAAUUUAGGGUCAUUCCUUCAAGUGCUUCAGACGGGUUCUCUUCUUUAAUAGAACAACUAAGGAUGCAACAUUUGAUAAGUGCAGAAAAUGGGGAGGCAUUGGUCAUAAAUUCACAUAUGAUGCUUCAUUACAUACCAGAUGAAACCCUACCAGUGGUUCAAACCGCUAAUUCACCUCAAAUUUCCAUUGAAACUUGUUCGAGUAAUUCCUUCCUUCGAUCAAUGUUCCUCGAGGCAUUACGAAGUUUGGAUCCCACAAUCAUGAUAUUAGUCGAUGAAGAUGCAGAUUUUACAUCAAACAAUCUAGUGCACAGAUUAAGGUCAGCCUACAAUUAUCUAUGGAUACCCUUUGACACUGUGGACACAUUUCUGCCCCGGGGGAGCAAGCAGAGGCAAUGGUAUGAAGCCGAUAUUUGUUGGAAGAUCGAAAAUGUAAUUGCUCACGAAGGACCUCAGAGAGUUGAAAGGCUUGAACCUAAAAGCAAGUGGGUGCAAAGAAUGAGAAAUGCGAGUUUUCGGGGAAUUUCUUUCAGUGAAGAAGCCAUUACAGAAGUGAAAAGCAUGCUAGAUGAACAUGCGGCAGGUUGGGGACUAAAGAGGGAAGAAGAAGAUGUUGUUCUUACAUGGAAAGGACACAAUGUUGUGUUUGCUACUGCUUGGCUACCUAUUUGA